AUGCGCCACGACAUAUCGGCCAGAACGGAGCACUUUCUAAUGCCUCGAGGGCGCCCAGUGUCGAAGUAUGGCGAGAAGAAGCCACCAAAGAAGUUCAAGUGCUUGUACAUAACGUUCCAGAAGAAGAAAGAGGUGAUUGAUGCCAUUGAAAGCAUUGGGAUGCAAGAGACGCUCAACACGCACUUUACCCACUGGUCGAGGCUGCCCGGGAGACUGCACGAAGGAAAGAUGACUCUGCCGUCAGAAGUUGAGGAGCAGCUGGCAGGAUGGGUCCAAACCAUGCGUACCGACGGAGUGCCUGUGACGCCAAAGAUGCUUCAGCUCAUGGCAUUGGAGUAA